UGUUGACGGAAAGACCGGCCCUGGUUGGCUCGCCUGCUUGGGAGGAGUGACAUCACAUGGAGGAGAAGCCUUGUGGUGUAAAAUAACAUGUCCUUCUUUGGCGCAAGGCGGAAUGUUACAUUUUCAGGGUGCGAGGUGAACAAAUUUGCAAUAAUGAUCCAUAUCCCAAUUAAGGCUUUUAUUCUCAGCCUGGUCAUUAUCCAAAGUGUUGCUUGGAACAAGGAACAAUUAUCAUUGCUCAGCAAUGAUGAAUUGUCAUUGCAUAAUAAAUUAUCAUUGCAGGCUGAUGGUGGCAAAAAUAAUAAACACAAUAUUAGAAUAACAUUAGAUGCGACAGUAGUAAAAUGCCCGAAGGGGACCUAUGAAUUAAUUCAGUCGCUUACAGCUAGGCCUCCAGUUUAAAAACAGCUUGUAGGAAAAGCACACCAAAUAAACCAUCAGUCCCAUAAUAAAAGGAGCGGCCUGACGUCACAAAACCUGUUUUCAUUGCUUACUUUUUUUUUUUACUCUGCCGUGUUGACGGUGCAUAAAGAACACCUGAGAUUCUUAUCAUGCUUUGCCCACACUCUACCAUGCAAAAUAACGAUAUAGUACGGCGUAGUGUCUUGUCAACAGGAUAGUUAUUUAGGACAUUUCGGAUAGUUGGAACAUCAAAUUUGGAUUGUGAGCUGACUCUGCACAGGUGUCCUCUUUCUUUCCUCCAUCCAUUUUCUGCUUCUGCCAAUUCAACUAUUGUUUGUCCAGUGCUGUCCUAAUCGCUCUCUCUCUCUUUCGCUUCCCUUCUUGUGCUCCACACACAAGCGUAACCGCACAAAACUGCACACACACACACCCAAACAAAAAGCUGCGCCGGCUCCCGAAGCCUCACGUCUAACGCAAACACCCCCGCCGUUUGCCUUUUUGGUACGUCCCGAGACGAGCAGUCACCUCCUCUAUCCCAAGUCAGAUUUGUCUCCACUCUAAGGAAAUACGGCGUACCUCUAAAAGGUGUAAAAGUGUCAUGCAAAAAGUUCUUUAUGGACGGCGGAUACAGAUGAAGAGGUAAAGGAGCGUUGAGUGACGAGGCAGGGAGGGAGGGAGAGAGGGCGGCUGACGCACGCUUUGCUGGCCGACAAGCCAUGACAGGACUACUCGUGAAUCGCCGGUGAACUCUCUCCUCCUCCCGAUGUCUCAGUGCUUCGGGCCAUGGCCUUUCAAGCAGGCAACAUGAACCGUGAGGACCGGAAUGUGCUCCGAAUGAAAGAAAGAGAAAGGAGAAAUCAAGAAAUCCAGCAGGGAGGAGGCGAAGCGUUUACAGCAAAUUCUCCCCUUUUCCCCGAACCUUACAAAGUGUCCAGCAAAGAAGAUAAACUGUCCAGCCGUAUUCAGAGCAUGCUGGGCAAUUACGACGAGAUGAAAGAACCAAUUGGCGAGGCACUUCCGAAGCUCAACGCCAAGCCCUCCAACAGCUCGUCUUCCUCCGAGGAGAAAUCUGGCGCGCCUUUGUUUGGCGAGAACCAGCGAGGAAGUGGCAGCAGUCAGAGCAGUAAGUGGACUCCCGUGGGCCCGGCCGCGGCUGGCUCCUCAUCCCAGUCUCAGAAACGCUCCGCGCUGCAAGGCGGUCACAGUAGUCAGCGGGGCGGCGGCAGUAGCGGCGGCGGCAGCGGUAGCCAAAGACACAGCGAAAAGAAGUCAAGUAAACACAGCGGCGGCUCAGAGCACUCCAAGUCGCACACGUCCAGUCCAGCCAAGGGCUCUCUCGGUUCUUCCGGCGGCAACAGCCACUCGCGGAGCUCCUUAGCCGCCGAGCAGCAUCACAGCAAGGAGCCCUACCGGUCCAAGUCGCCGCGAGACCGAGAGGCCAACUGGGACUCGCCCUCUCGGGUCCACACCUCUUUCCCCAGCGGACAGCACUCGAGUCAGGCUUUCCCACCGUCGCUCAUGUCUAAACCGGGCUCCAUGCUCCAAAAGCCCACGGCCUAUGUUAGGCCUAUGGACGGACAGGAGACAACGGAAGCCAAGAGCUCGCAAGCGGAAAGCUACAGCGGACAGUCGCACAGCAGCACCAUGGGGGAGAUGAAGCCCAAUGGCAAGGCCUCGCUCACCAAACUCAAGAUCCCCUCGCAGCCUGUAGAGGGAUCUGGGGAUUCCAACUGUGUUGAUGAGAUUCUAAAGGAAAUGACUCAGUCCUGGCCCCCUCCAUUGACAGCAAUCCACACCCCCUGCAAGACAGAGCCCUCCAAGUUUCCGUUCCCCACCAAGGAUUCUCACUCUUUCUCAAGUGGACAGAAGCGCGGCAGUUCUUCCAAAAGCUCAAGCAGCCACCAGUCGAAAGCUUGUGAUGAUCAGCCAACUAUGCUGGAGGAUGACCUCAAACUCAGCAGCAGCGAGGACAGCGACGGCGAGCAGGACUCCGCCAAGAAUGCCUCACGAAACACAUCAGCGAGCCAUAACAGUGAAGGAGCCGAGCAGUCGAGAGACGAUUCGAGUAGCCACAGUGGCUCCGAGAGCAGCUCGGGUUCGGACAGUGAGAGCGAGAGCAGCACGACUGACAGCGAGGCCAACGAGCCCCUGCGGCCUGCUUCUCCUGAGCCCGAGCAACCAAUGGCCAACAAGUGGCAGCUGGACAACUGGUUCAAGAAGGUAGCCCCACCGUCGCCACAGGAUAACAACAAUGUUCAAACCAAGAGCAAAAAAGAGGGCAGAGAUAACAGCUCAGGGCGGGGCUACAGUAGCCAAGGAGGGGGGUCCAAAGAUUCCUCGGCUCCGGCCCCAAGUCGGGACCUUCGGGCGGCACAAAAGGGCGGCGAGAGUGGCCGUGGCCGGCAGAAAUCUCCAGCCCAGAGUGAGAGCAGCACGGGGAACCGGAGGCCCGUGGGGAAAAAGCAACCGAAAAAGUCUGAAAAGCCCCCGGUGGUGGAGGAGCCCAAAGGAGGUCUGAGGGUGGAAAGCGAGCCAGCGCCCGAGAUCCCCCCUCAUCGACCCAAAGCGGCCACAAAGGGUUCUCGCAAGCCCAGCAUCAAAAAGGAACCCAAAUCCUCGCCGCGGCCCAGCGCGGCGGCCGCCGCCGCCGCCGCUGCCGCCGCAGCUGACAAGCGCAAGGCCAAAACCAGCUCCAAGUCCACUCGCGAGAAGUCCCGCGAGUUUGUCGACACGGACUCCUCGUCGUCGGACUCGGAAGGCAACGACAGCAUCCCGUCGUCCUCGCAGACGCCAAAGUACACGGAAAGCAUCAGGACACCCGUGUGCGUGUUCUCGCCCAUGGAGGAGAAGGAGCUGCUGUCGCCACUCAGCGACCCCGAGGAGCGCUACACCUCAAGGCAACCUCCGCAAGUUCUGAUUGUCAAAAUAGAUCUCAGCUUGCUUUCGAGGAUCCCCGGACGGCCGUACAAAGAGCCCGCAGAGAUCAAAGUGGAGCGGGAUGACUCCCAAGACAGAGACAGCAAAGACUUCAGCAAGCAAAGCUCAGAAAAGAGCUCAAUCAAGGCCAAGAGGAAGCACAAGAACGACGAUGAGGGAGCCAAGACAGACGGCAAGAGGUGCAAGCUGGAGGAAAAGUCUCAAUCGCAUCAUAAAAGCAGCAGUAAAGAGUCAAAGCGGUCUUUGGAGAAGAAGGAGGAUCCGGUGCCCUCGCCGUCCAUGGCGGGCCUCCAGCGGACGGCGAAAGCCGAGCACCCCAGUCGGAAGAGGACGGUCAGCCAGUCUUCCACGUCGCUAUCCAGCGGGGCGGGCAGCGGCAAGGAAGGAGGCCACAGCACUAGGAGCACCUCCGCCUCCAAGCACAGAAAAGGCGAGGACAAGGGACGCAGUACUCGAGACGGCAAGGAGAAAUCCUCAAAGGGCUGCGAUAACCAGCUGGCCGUGCCGCCGCUCUCCAGCGACGGCUCCAAGUCGCAAAGAUCCAAGCUGCCGUUUGAGGACAGGGCCCAUUCAGCAGAUCAUUAUUUGCAAGAGGCCAAGAAACUUAAACAUAAUGCCGACGCACUGCUGGAUCGUUUCGAGAAGGCCAUUUACUACCUGGACGCCGUGGUGUCGUUCAUCGAGUGCGGCAACGCCCUCGAAAAGAGCGCCCAGGAGGCCAAGUCUCCUUUUCCCAUGUAUGCUGAAACAGUGGAACUUAUCAAGUACACCAUGAAGUUAAAAAGCUACAUGGCCCCUGAUGCCACUCCAGCAGACAAGAGGGUAGCUGUUCUUUGUCUACGAUGUCAAUCUCUGCUCCACUUGCGCUUAUUCAAACUGAGGAAAGACAGCGCUCUUAAAUACUCCAAAACACUUACAGAGCAACUAAAGAACUCUCUGAGUAACACCCAGGCUCCCUCUCCUGGAAUGGGGAACAAGGCAGCGGGCAUGCCUUCGCCAGUGUCGCCAAAGCUGUCGCCGGGCACGGCGGGUGGCUACUCGUCCGUCAGCAGCAGCAGCAGCAGCAGCGCCGCCGGCUCCUCGGUAACGAUACCUCAGCGCAUCCACCAGAUGGCUGCCAGCUAUGUGCAGGUCACCUCCAACUUUCUGUAUGCCACUGAGGUGUGGGACCAGGCGGAGCAGCUGGCCAAGGAGCAGAAAGACUUCUUCCAGGAGUUGGACAAAGUGAUGGGUCCUCUCAUUUUCAACACGAGCAGCAUGACCGACCUGGUGCGUUACACCCGACAGGGCCUGCACUGGCUGCGACUGGACGCUAAGCUGGUUCCCUAACGAGGAUUCUGGCUUUUGAACCCCACCCUCUCUCUAUCCCUGCACGCUGCUCUCCCACCCACCCACCCACUCACACACAGCCACACCUCAGCGCUACGCACACAGUCCACCUCUGAUCACACACACGCAGGUGACGAUGAACUUGUCAAGCAUAUCGCCGAGUGUGUGUGUGCGUGUUUUUUUCUAUCUGCACCAGCUCGCCAAAAACUGAGCAAACCGAAACCAUCCCGGGGGAAAAGCAACACACCAAGUUCUUCACAUAUCUAGAUAGUACAAAUAGAUGAAACAUGGUUUUGAUUAUUUUUCUAAUCUAUUUGUCCCUGAAGCGCUCAGCGAUUUAUUUAUUUAUUCCCCCGCGAAUACUAGGCUACUUUGGCUUUUAUUCUUGUUUUUUUUUCAAAUAGUUUCGACCCCACCAAAGUACCUCGCACGAAACACCAAAGGUGCUUUAAAUUUUUUAAAAUGAAGGUUUUCUCUUUGUUUUUUGUGCCUUCAAUGUGAGCUACAGGAAAACAAGCAGUCGGCUCCGCUCUCUUCGUUUCUAUUUUUGCUACGUUUCUCACCUUUUUUUAAAUUUUAGGGCGAUUGCUGUUUUGUGUUUUUAAGGUUUUGAGCUUCAAACUAAGCUUCCCUGCAUCGGCUUGGUAGACAAAAGACAUUUGCUAUCCAAUUGUGCAAACCUCAUCAGUGUCAAUGGCCUUUUUAGUCCGCCAGUCUUCUUAAAACGACACCAGUAGCCAAGGAAGUCAUUCUCCGUAGCCGUUGCGAAAUAUCCUCGAGGAAAGUCACUUCCAUACAGUAUUGUUUGCUCAGAGUGUAUUUUUAUGAGUCACAGCAGGGAGUGUUUGAAGUGGUGUCCAUGAAGACAAUGCAGUUAUUACAUUAAGGUUUAUCAAAGGCACGUCCUGGUGGGACAGACACACCAAUCUGGCAUCUGACAAAGAAAGAAAGAAAGAAGAGAAGCGGAUUAGCAGUUUUGCAUUUAGAGCAGAAUGCAGAGUAUAUAUUUCAAAUAUGUAGAAUUUAUUUAUAUAUGCAGAUGGAUUCCUCCUUUCUAAUAAAUGGCUUUUAAAACUAUUUGACAGGUUUUGACAAUAGAAUGCAAUGUAAGGUGUCCAUCCUUUUAACAAGUGUCACUGAACUUGUUGAGACAAAAUUAGAAAAUAAUGUCUACAAAUAAUACAAGGGAGGAUUGAGCAUUAUAUUUGAUAAACAGCGCAGUGUGCAAGGGGCAAUGUUAGAAAAUGUCUGCGCCAAUUGAAUAAAAACAAUAUUACUUCCGUCUAGUUGUGCUUUCCAACUUAUUUUUCAGCUUCAGAGUAGCUUUUUUUUUUUUCCCUUCUUCCCAUCGUUGUCAUCCUUUACCGACUCAAUGGCCGGACUGUUUUUGUUUUAAUUUCAAUUUGCAAAAGAAAAAAAAAAUUAUUUUUCAAUCUAUGCAGAUUUUUUUUUUAUACUGUAUAUGAAAAGGAUGUAAGGAGACUUUUUAAAAAUAUUAUACACAGGCUUUUUUUUCCUUCCAAAAACUCAAAUGUCCAAUGCCUUUUUUUGCAAUGUAGUUUUCUGGUUUUAGUACAUUUGUGUAUAUAUUUUAUAACAAAAGAAAAACAAACAAAAAACAGAUGGUUUGUGCCAAUCUGUACCUAAAGCUGGAGGCCACUUUUUUCUCGUAGGAAAAUCCUCUGUGAGUUAUCUUUUUUUUUUUUUUUUUAGAUUGCCAGGCCAGCCAAUGUGUUCAUACACUGGUACAAUUUGUAAGAACAAAUGUGUACGCUGAAGGGUCGUUUGUAACCUUUUUUUAAUUUAUUUUUUCUGAUCCCCUUUUUUUUUCGCUUCUAACAUGUGAUGCAACAAGAUGUAAAUGUAUCAGGGGAUGUGGUUGUUAAUGAUGAGAUUUCAUUGUAAGUAGUAAUUAAUAUUAAUGAAUCCAGGGUAUGUUUUUUUUCUCGAUAGGAAGAUGUUAACAUUUGCAUGUUUCUAUUUAAAUGUACAAAGUGUACAUAGGAUUUUUCUCUAAGGUUGCAUUUCUACUACAGGAAGAAUUUUUAUCGAACGUAUCGUUGUAAAUAUAUUUGUGAGAUCCUUUUAUGCACAUUUUCCCCUUUUCUCUCGUUCCCUUACUUGUUCUUUGGAACUGUACAGAUGGCACCCAAGUCUCUUAACAGUCCAGGGGUGGGGACACUUUUUGUAUCAAGCUCAUUUCACUAAAUUUGGGGGGAGAAUGGUAACAAACAAAUGUUUAUUAUAUACUAAGAGCAUUUUUAAAAUUGCACGGCGGCACGCAGAUUCCCCACCUCUGCUCUAGUCUUUUACGUGCUUGUGUCUUCACCACCAUGUCAUCAUUUUGUCUCCCCUGGAUUUUUGUCCUGUCAUUGUCCAUCCUAACGGGGAUUCGAUGUACAGUCUUCCGUCAAUCUGAAAGUAUUUCCUACCCUUUAUAUGAACAAUUGGUCACAUGAGUCUUUUAAGAAAAAAAAGGUUUCUCAAAAACUGUAGCAGUUUAUAUACAGUCUUGUAUACUUUGACAAGCCUCAACAAGCAGCCUACACUAUGUACCAUAGUCUAAAUUGGCUUAGUUUUAAAGAUGAAAUAGAUGCUAUUAUGCAAUGGAUGCAAUACGAUUGAAAGGUACUUGUGGCGUUUGAGCUUCAAACUUUUAGGUCAUGUAAUUUAAAGAGCAUUCUUGUGAAGUGAGUAUUAAUUGUGUGACUAAUGAGAGUCUGUUCUGAAUAUUCUUUGUAUUUUUGUCGUAUUGAGAAUAAAAUAUAUAUGUAUAUGA